AUGGAACGAACUUUAGCGGGAGACAGCAAACGACGGAAGCAAUUGGCUUGGGAUAACGAGAAACUUCCGAUUGUUGAAACUAAUUUUGAAAUCUGUCUGGAUUGCAGCUUUGAGCAUCUCAUGAAGGAUAAAGAGAUCACCAGCUUGGGAUCACAGAUUCGACAUUGCUAUGCGUACAACAAGCGGGCCAAGUUCCCUUGCCGAUUUACAGUUACAAAUCUUUCUGGGAAAACCUUGGAACAUUUACAAAAGGAAACCGGUUUCCACGAAUGGGGCAACCGAGCUUUUGUAUCUACCGAUCGACAUUUCUCGGAACACUUCUCAGACGGAAGCGUAGAAGGCUACUCUGAUGAAGAAAACGGAGCAAAGGAAGCGAAAAAGCUGGUCUACUUGACAAGUGACUCCGACAAUGUUAUUUCAUAUUUGAAGAGCGAUGAGAUAUAUAUCAUUGGAGGUAUUGUGGAUAGGAAUAGACUCAAGGGAAAGUGUUAUGAUGAAGCUUUGAAGUACAAUAUAUCGCAUGCUAGGCUACCACUAGACUCUUGUUUGGCAAAGAUGCCUUCCACCAAGGUCCUCACUUGCAAUCAUGUCUUGGGCAUACUUCUUCAAUAUCGGGAACAAAACGAGAAUUGGGCAGAGGCGAUGCAACAAGUGCUGCCAAGUAGAAAGGGCGCUAUAUACAAGCAAAAACAAAGGCAAGCCUUUCAUGGAAAAUCUUGGGACUGCUGA